CUAAUUUUUAACCGGUCAUUAAUUCAUAUUUCAAAUAGCAGGUUUGUAGCACUGCGACAGACUGGUGACCUGUCCAGGGUGUAUCCCGCUACUCGCCCGAAACGUUCCCUGGAGAAAGGCAUCCUUCCCGACCCCACUGGGGAUAAGGGUGUACAGAAAAUGGAUGGAUGGGUUUGUUGUACCACAAAUAGUUCCAGAAAUAACAAGCUAUUUUGGUGACGUAUGACAUUUCAUGCUUUUAUUAAUCUAUUUUUUUCUAAAAUCUGUGGAUAAUUUUACCACAGUGGAAUUUAAUUUUGGUUUAUUUUGUGAAAGACACUGCAUUUCAUUAGGUUUAGCAACGUAAGAGGAACGUUUUCUUUUUAGUUGUUUCCACCGGGUCCUGUUUGAUGCGAACCGUCGAGAUUUUGUUUCCUUAGCAACAGUCCCCGCGAUAGCAACAAUGUAUCACACCUAUCAACGAAAGGGCAAAUGCAACAAUUCAAACUUUUAGUUGGCGGUCUGCUCCCUAUUCCCCCAUAGACAUAGCGAAUCGUUGCCAUAUUGUUUUUUUUUUCCUUACAAAAUGUCUUCUCAGGAAUCAACUCGUCCCUCCGAUGAUGAGGUUUUCUACAUGCAGUGUCGAGCUGCUUAUCUUGCUGUGUUCCGAUCAAGUUUGUCUAAUAUAUCUUCAAAACAACAGUUGUGUCGGGUUCUACAGCAGGCUGGUAGGAAUCCGUCCCACGCGAUUCUCAAUAAAUACUGGACUUCUAGAACAUCUAAGCUAAACUUUGAUGACUUCUGUGAGAUUCUGAAAUGCGAACGGAAAACCGAUGAGGCUGAACUAAUGAGAGCUUUCAGAAAACUGGAUGUAAACUGUGACGGCUACAUCACGCACAGCGUUCUGGAGAAGGCUCUAACAUCUAGCGGUGACAAGAUGACAGCUGAGGAGGUAAAUGCUGUUUGUUCAUUGGCAGAGAUUAACAAGGAUGGCAAACUGGACUGUGCUGAGUUCUGCAGGCAGCUUGUGUCUACAGCAGAGCAGUGUCAAACGGCUGCUCUGGAGAAGCUAGAAGCUGACGCUAAGCUAAAGAGGCAGAACUUUGGCAGCCAGUUGUACAGCCCUCCUAAAAGCUCAGUGGCAUCAGCAUCAUCUGCAUCACCAGCUCAACAUGGGGAAUCAGACUCCACUGCCAAAAAAGACAGCCAGUCCUCCUCUCAUCCUCCUUCUGCUCGCAGCAGACGGUCGUCCCUGUCAAACUCAGUCACAAUGGCAUCCAGCAGCAGUAAGGCAGGCAAAGUUCAGGAACCGUCAGGUUUACAGGAUUGGCAUCACUGCUUUUUGAAAGGCUGCUUCUUUGUGGACGAUAACAGCAGCAUUAGCUCUCUGCAGUACCACCUUCAUAUUCCUCAAAAAACCAGUGUAUAUCUAACCAUCCAGCCGCUGAGCCUCAGCCACAGACCUGAUAAGCCUCCAGCAUGGAUGAACGUGGACACGGCUGUUUUUGUCAUGACAGCAGGUGAAACCAAAGAGGACUCCACUUUAGUAUGUUUCACCGAAUCAAAAGACAAAGAAAAGUAUGUUUGGAAAGGAGAACUAAAUGCUGGGACUUACCGCCUGCUUCCCUUCACCAGUGGCUGCAGAUUAAAGAAACAAAACAAAAGUAACUUUUCGGAUAAAUCUGUCAAACUUGUCUACAAGACAGACACAGGAGAACCAGACCUCACCAGCGAGCUGAGGGAGGUGCUGUCUGAAAUCUUUGAGAUGAUUGACCUGGAUGGGAAUGGUUUGCUAAGCCUGGAUGAGUACAACCUGUUUGAGCUGAGGACCAGUGGGGAGAAGUGUGACCGGGAUGCCUGGGCAGUGUGUAAAGAAAACUUUGAUAUGAGGAAAAACCAGCUGACCCGGCAGGGUUUUAUGGAGCUGAACCUGAUGGAGGCCACAGAGAAAGAUGGAGACCCCACAGAUCUGUGGGUGACCCUGGAAUCUAUGGGUUACAAUCAUAUGCUGGAGUUAGUAGAGGCAUGUCCAUUCCAAAUAGAUGUGCACUGUGAAGGCACUCAGCCAUCCAUGCAGCCACUUUGCUUGGACUCAGGCACCAAGCUUUUGAACCAAGCCCUCCAGAAGUCCAUCACCUCGAGGUUUGGGGCCAAAGCACUUCGAGGGCAUGACAAUGUUUUCAUCUACACCUACAGAGGAGACCACCGGAUUUCCUCCCUCAUAGUCAACAAGGCCAAUCAGAAGGUGACGGUUCAUGUAAACAAUGAGCAGAGCAGGAACUGGUGCAGCAGCAGAGGGAUGGCUGUGUUUGCUGUUGAAGUUCCAGCCAGGACCAAAAUGGUGUGCCAACAUGUGCUACCCAUUAAUGAAAAGCAGGAAUGGGUCUAUAACUGCGUGGAAACCAGUUUACCCAGCACAUAAAGCUGAAACUACUGAACAUAUUGCAAUCAUAAGAAGGUUAUACUCUAGGAAGACUCUCUGAAGUCUGUGUUGGAAGGUUCUACUUCUGGUAAUCCAUUUCAGUUCUGAGGAUUGUUGUAUUUUAUUUUAAAUUUAGCAAAGUUAAAUGACAUAUUUUAUUAUGUCAGCUUUUGUCAACUUGUUAUGCAUUGUUUGAGAAAACUGAGAACUUCUUCAUUGGUCAUAUUCAUUAGCUCCAUCAGUAAGAAUCAUGCAACUUAGUACAACCACAAGGUAAUAGCUAAUAAAAGACAGUUUUCCCUUUGUUAAAUUAGUUUACUCCAUGUUGGUUGAGUUUUUUUUAAUUUUUUUUUAUUGAAUCCUGAUUUUAAUAUUGAAGUUACAAAAACACUAAGACCAUUCUGUAAACUGCAUAUCAAAUUACCGUAUUCAGAUGAGAAUGAAACAUUGGUGCUAACAUGGAUUUCAGUGACAGCAGAUGCCUCUCAUUCAAAACUUGGUCUGUAAAUUGACAAUUUUAAUUUUUUACAGUGAAAUGUACUCGAAACUCUGUAAUUUUCCUAGCGUGGUUGUGUCAGGAUGUGUCGUUUGCAGUGAAAUGCAUUCCUCUGGACUGCACUCAGAUCUAAACUUUACUUGGCCUCGACCUUUCCAGUGCGAUCCUGACCUCCUAUUUUUGUCUCUUGGGCCAUUCUGCCCUUUGACUUUCACUGCUGAAACAGUAGAGACAGCUGACUUAAAUGUCACAUGGCAUAUGAGAUGUAUUUAAUAACCUGAGCCUGUCUGCUCUUCUUUUCCCAACACAGUAGUAUCACUCUGUGCUCUGCACUGUAGUUUCAGUUGUUUAACCACAGUGAUUGUCUCAAUAAGGCAGUCUGUGGUAUUUCAGAGCAAAACAUUCAAAAAUAACAGAUGAAAAGACAAAAAACAUGAUCGUCCACCUCGGCAAGGAAAGAAGAAAUCAGAGAAGCAACCAUUAAUUUUCUUACUUUCAUUAUAUCGUAAUACUAUCUGUUGCAGGAAAUUAUCAAUGUACAUCACUCCGAAAAUACCUUUCCUACUGAAAUCAAAUCGUGUCAUAGAGUGGCCCAGUCAAAGUCCAGACACAAAUAUAAUUAAGGAUCUAUAGCAAAAACUUCAGAAAAUUAGGAAAUUUAUCAAUUUGUAGGGAAUGCGAGGCUAAAACCAAAAAAACUUUCAAAAAGAGGGUUUUACGAAGUAUUCUCAGUUGUGUUGGAUAAAAAUGCAUGCAACACUUUCACACAUGUUUUAUUUGUAAAGAAAAAAUGGAAAAAAGAAAACCUUUUUUCUUCAAGUUUAUAAAAAUGCACUACUUUGUGCAAAUCUAUCCCAUAAAAUCCACUAAAGCUUGUGGUAACAAAAGAUAAGGUUUAUGAACACCAAAGUGUAACCCACUUGAGUUUUAAAGAAAAAAAGGGGUCCUAUUGACCAAGCAGUGUGAUGCAACAGGCAAACUGUUGUGGCAAGUUUUGAACUAUUUCCCAACAAUUUUGUUUCAUAAUUCACACUUUAAAAUUGACACUUUAAAACUGAAACUGACAGUGUAUAUGGACAGCUUUAUUAACGGUUUGUUUAAAAACCAAUUGUUUUUGCACUUAAAAAAAAAAAAAAUUAACUUUCUGUUUCUAUAUUUCCACUUAUAUGCUUUGAGGGUCACUGACCUUCCAGAGUACAUAACUGGACACCAGGGUGACAAAGGUCUGAAAUGUAGGUGGUGGUCAAUCUAAAUUUGUUAAAUCGCUUUUUUCCACAUAUUUCUCAACUAACAGUGUUGAGCAGUACAUGAAUCUAUUAAUGAAUGCAUAGACAAAUAAUGGAAUAAAAGUUAUUAUUUAAAUUCUGUUUUUACCAAGUUUUGUUUUAAAGUACUAAGUAUUUAAUUAUAUUUUAUUUAGUUGUAGCACCAAUUCACAGCAGAUGUACUCUCAAGUCACUUUCCAAGUCAAAACAGGUCCAAAUCAUAUAAAAUCAAAUCUAUUCCAAUACAAAGCAGUGAUUCAAAAGGCAGAAACAUUUAGUAAUUUUAGAUCUUGAAAGGUGACAUAUAAAUAAAAUUGUGAAUUCAUGAUUUUGUCCUGAAAGGAGAUGCAGCUAAACACAGAAUCACUGAACCAUGAGUACUUUCAAUGCAAAAACACUAAAUCUUACCAAGUAUUUUUUCUAGUGCAAACAUCAUAAUACACUUGAAAUUGACAUAAUUAAUUUACAAGUAACUUUUCAGCAAUAUAUAGGAGCUUAUUUUAAGCAAAUAAGUCUUGAUAAAAGGUACUAGGUAAACUGACAGAUUUUUUUUUCACUUACAACAUCAUAAAAUUUUAUUAAGUUAUUUUACUUAUUUCAAAAAUAUUUGAACAAAAAUCUAGACCAAAAGUACUUCGUAAGAUGUGUUUUUGCAGUGUAAAAAACCACAUAAGUACUUGAGUGCUUUACUAUUUCAAUGGCAUUGUUGAAGAAAUGCCACAAUCAUUGGACCUGGGGUACUUUCAAUAGAAAGAAAACAAGGAGACAGAACAGGAAAAUUAAUAGCAUAAAUACUUAUGUUAUGUCAAUGAGCCCUUUUAGGUAGAGAGUGAGACAUAUAUAUUUGAAAUUGUCUUAUGACUGUAUUAUACAGAACAUGUACAAUUUACGUUUGUUUUACUACUAAAUUGAUGGUUGAGCCAUAAAAGCACUAAAUAUCUUA